AUGGGCUUCUUUGGAGGAAACAAGAUGCCCGUCGAGGGCAAGACCAUCCUCAUCACCGGCGCCUCAGAAGGCCUCGGCCUCUCCGCCGCCCAGCAGCUCUCCUCCAAAGGCGCAAACAUCGUCCUCGUCUCCCGCAGCACCGAGAAGCUGCAGGCCGCGCUGCCCCUCGUCAAGGCCGCCGCAAAGGACCCCUCCACGCAGCGCUUCCACCACAUCGCCGCCGACGUCUCCGCCCCGUCCUACGCCGUCUCCCUCCUCGCCGAGGUCAAGGCGUGGAACGGCGGCAAGGCCCCCGACAUUGUCUGGUGCGUCGCCGGCACGUCCACCCCGGACCUGUUCGUCGACAUGGACAUGGCGUCGCUGCGCCACCAGAUGGACGUCAACUUUUACGGCACGGCCGAGAUGUCCCAUGCUAUCCUGAGGGAGUGGCUGGCGCCUGAUGCCCCCGUCGAGCAGGAGGCCAAGCAUCUCAUCAUGACGGCCAGCGUUCUCGCGCUGUACACCAUCCCCGGCUACGCGCCUUACUCGCCUUCCAAGUGGGCUAUGCGAGGCCUCGCCGAUACCAUCUCGCAGGAAGUCAUGAUGUACCCCCAAAACGUAAAAGUUCACGUCGUCUUUCCCGGAACCAUCCUCUCGCCUGGCUACGCUCGUGAGAUUCUCACUACGCCCGAGAUCACCACCAUCUUGGAAGCCGGCGAUCCCCAGCAGACCCCCGACGAGGUCGCCGCGGCCGCCAUCAAGGGACUGGAGCGCGGCGAGUACUUCAUCACCGUGGCCUUUCUCGGUUCGCUCAUGAAGUGGGGAGUCAUGGGCGGUUCGUUCCGGAACAACUGGGUCGUCGAUACGGUCAUGUCAUGGGUUGUUUCUCUUAUCUGGAUCUUUGUGCAGCCCGAUCUUCAUGGCAAGAUUAGAAAGUACGGCAAGACGCAUGGCCAUCCUAGCAUGACAAAGCAGCAAAGAGCAGCAUAA